ACUUUCUGCAGCGGGUUGUCGAAAUUCCGGCUUUUUAAAACUUCUAAUAACUAGUGAUUAUUUUCAUUACAGAAGCUUACAAGCGUGCAGAAUGAGCCAAGUAAAGUUGUUGACUACGGCGUUCACUAAGAUUCCCCAUUAUGAAGAACAUAUCGUUGUUCAAAAUCUGCCUUUUUCAGUUGAUCCUAUUUUAUUGGAAUCAGAUUAUCAGCUUGUUUUACCACCAUUAGUUGCUGAUAAAUGCACGGUAUCACAACAAAAGUGUGAUUCCACAAACAUACUACAACGUUUAACCUCUCGUCGAAAAGAAAAACAUAAGGACCGGUUGAGACAAUGGCAUGAAAAGCUUUCAGAAAUUAGCCAAGAUAUUGAAAAUCAAGUAAAAGAAUGUUGUGAAACUACUGCUGACUUAUUAAAUACUAGCUGGGAAAGACAAAAUCAAAUAUUAAAUGCAAAUCAAUCUGAUGAACAUUUAUUGGACCUGGAAAUAUCUGAUUUAGACUGUAAAUGGAAUCAAGUUGAUCAUGAAUAUAUUCAACGUAGAAAUGAAAUUAAUCAUUUAGAAAAUCAAUUAUAUUCAAUUGAAAAUAAACGGAUUAAUCAAAUAAAACAGGAAUUUCAUGAAUUGACAGAUUAUUUAAGUAAAUAUUCACAUUUAACACCAAAUGAAUUACAAAUUGUAUUACAGAAAGAAAUAUUUACAAUUGAUAUUGAAUUAUUGGAAAAUCGUCGUGAAUUAGCUAAUCUAAUUAAAAAUCUUCAUCUUGCUGAAUUAAUGCAUCAUCGUUUUACUAAUCUUACAUGGUCUGAACAACGUAAUCGUUGGCAAAUCAUAAAUAUCAAUGAAGCUAUACAUAAUUUUCGAAUUUGUCUUAAUGAUGAGAAAUUCCGGUAUCCUAAUGAUGUCAAAAUAAAGAUAAAUGAUUUAACAACAAACAUAACUGAAUUUGAAAAGCGAAAAGAUAAUCUUAUCGAUGAAUUAUGUGAAAAUUUGGUACCAUCAAAUAAUAUGGAAGAAUUUCUAGAAAAUUGGAAUAUUAAAAUCAAACAGUUAUUUACUGAAUGGGAUGAAAUGAAUCAAAACGCUUUGAAUUCCAUAUACAAAGCUUAUGAAGAUAAUUCACAACAGUGUAUUGAUCAAAUCCAACAGAUGAAAAAUCAAUUGUUACAUCGUAAAUUGAUCAACUCAAUGGAUGAAAUUGAAAAUUUAAUUAAAGAAAAUUGUAUCACCAUUUUAGGUGAAUUACAAAGUCAAUUUGAAAAUAAUUUAAAUUAUCUUGAUCAUUGUUUCUCAUGGUGUUUAUCUAUAUGGUUAAAUGAAUGUAUUCCAUCAUUAUUAAAAUUUAGUCAAAUCCUAAUUCAAUUAUGGCAAUUCUAUGCUCAUCUACCUAUUGUUCAUUUAAAAAAUGAAUUAAAUUUUAAUUUACUUAAUAUAAAACAAGUAGUAUAUGAUGAAAUUUUAAAAAAAGAUGAAUUCAUUAAUUCAUUAAUUGAUUUAUUAAGACAAAGUUCAACAGAACAAAUAAUUAAUGAAAAAUUACAAGAAGUAAUUAAUUUAUUCAAUGAAAUUAGUGUCAUCUACAAAUCACUAUAUGAUAAACAAUUACAAUUUCUAGAUACAUAUGUAAAACAAAUAACCACGGUUAUCGAUUUAUGCGAAACUGCUAUUUGCCGAUUUUUCGGUGUAACCCAUUGUACAAAACAACAAUCUUUACAUCUGGAAAAAAAAGUAAACCGUCAAACACCAAUCAAUAACAUAGUUACACUUGGAUUUGAAAAAUAUAUUUGUAUACAACAACAACAACAACAACCAUCACCAUCAGCACUACAACAACCACAAUCACCAUCACCAUCACUACCACAACAACAACCACCACCACCAUCACCACAACCAUCACCAUCACCACCACCACAACAACAACAACAAUUCGAUGGAAAUGUUUCUAAAUUCAAUCAUAUUUUCUAUUAUAUAAAACAUCAUGAUAUUGCUAUAGAUGAUUUAAUUAAAUUUUUACAAUCAGAAAUGAAAUCUAAUUCUACAUUGAAUAUAUUUAUUGAUUAUUUAAUUAAAAAUAUUCAAUUAACCGGUAUUAUCACUGGUAAUGAAAUGAAUCAUUUGAAUGAAAUCAAUAAUAAUUUAUCAAUUAAAUUCAUUAAAAAAUCAAUAAAAUCAGAGAAUACAAAAACUAAUGAUACUCAAUUAUUGAUUAUCAGUAAUAAUAAUAAUAAUAAUAAACCAAUUACUGUAAAUAAUUAUGUAACCGAUUAUAUUCAACCAAUUAAAACUGAAAAAUGUUUAAAUCUAAUCAAACAUGUUAAAGCAAUCGUUCGUAUAAAAAUAUUAGAAUAUUUGGAACAAUGGAAGAAUACAACCAUAUUAGCCGUAAAAGAGGAAGUUAUAGUUAGAAAAACUGAAAUAGACGAUGAAUAUCAACUGCAACUCAAACUGCAUGAACCACGUAUUCGUCGGGUGAAAGAAGAUGUAGCAAAUGUAAGAUUAACUGAAUUAAUUUUUCAUCAAACACGUAUUGAACGACAUAUAAGCUCAGUGAAUUUAAUAUUAAAUGAAAUGAAAAUUAAUUCAACUAAAAGUUUAAUUGAAAAAUUAAAUAAGUCUGAAGAACAAAUGAAUGAAGCAAUUCAACAAUCAAUUGAUUCAACCAUUAGUAAAGCAACAAAAUCAUCAACAUUAUUAUUAUUACGAAAACGUAUAGAAAGCUUUGCUGAAUCUCAUACUCAAUGUGUACGUCAUGCAUUGAAAGAGUUUCGUCAAAAUUUUGAAAAUCAAAUACAAACUUUAAACAAUUCCAAUUUAAAAUUGAUUGAAUCAUUAGAACUUUUUAUUGAUGGAGGCAAUUUUUCAACUAUUGAAGCUAAAAAAUACACAAUCACAUUAAAUCAAUUAAGUAGAACAAUUCAAUUAUUUGAAGAAGAAAUUAUUGGUCAUAUAGAAUCCAUUGAAAAAGAACGUCAAUUCAUAACCGAUAAUAAAUUGAAACAAUUUGACACCUAUUUAAAACCAUAUUUAGCUGAUGUUAUUUAUAUGGAGAAUAUGAUACGUUGUAUAACCAAUACACAAGUACAAAUCAAAGCACAAACUGAAGAUAGUUCAAGUCAAUCAAAAUUAUUAAUCGGUCAAAUUGAACAAUUUCAAUAUCGUUGUGUAUUUUUAAAUUGUCUACGUAGUCAAUAUGUCAAUGAGGAUUAUGUUGCAACAACUGAUCCAAAUGAAUUAUCCUAUGAGAAUAUGAUUGGAAAUAAUAAAGAUAAUUUAACAGUAAAUAAAACAAAACUACAAUCGGUAUCACAAAAUCCUUCCAUAAAUAUGCAUCCCAUUAAAACUGAACAAAUCAAACAACCAACUAAUCAAUCAUCAUCAUUAUUAUUAACUAAUAUGAAUAUACAAAAUGCAUUACAAAUUAGUCGACCAGGACGAUUAUUCACUGAUGAUUCAUGUAUUCAACUUAUACAAAAUAUAUUCAAUGAACAUAAUUCAAUUGAUGAGAAUAAUAUGGAGAAAAUGAAAAAUAUUACACCAAAUCAAUUGAUUGACAAUACGUCUAAACGUAAUGAUAAUAAAUCAUAUGAAUCGACUAAUUUCAAUAGUAAUAACAACAAUAAACAAGUAUUAUUGGAUGAUAAUCAAAAAUUAGAAACACUCCCAGUUAAUACAUCAAUAAAAAGUCAUCGAGGUAAACGUGAGAUGAAUAGUUCAACCACAAAUGGAAUUGUACCUAAAACUAAUAGACGGAAGAAAAAUAUACCACAUGCAACUACAAAUAAAACAGUUGUAAAACAUAAUCGACCUCAAGCAUAUUAUGAUGUAUUCGGUAAAGAUGUAACAUCUUUAGGAGAUUCUGUCGAAAUUUCUAAUUCAACUAUGAAACAAAUCAAUAUUGAACAAGUAACAUAUGUUGGUCGUAUUCAAAAAAUAUGCCGUGAAAAUCUCCAUAAUGCAUUACAUUUAUCUGAAAAUUAUUAUCGACAAAAAGGUAUUCGACAGCCAACACAUCCAGAUUUUAUCAAGUCCACAUUUGAUGAUGCUGCUAAUACUAUUGUUACAAAUUUAAAAACACUAUUCACUGAAGCAGAAUUAUAUCGUAAUUCAUGUGUAAAAGUGAAUGUUAUCUCAAUGUCUUAUGUUCCGAAUCGUUGACCUAUCUGCUAUUGUGAAAUACUGAUUCAAGCUUUUAUUAUUCUUACCACAACUAAUAAACCUGUCAUUACACUAUCGAUUUGUAACGUUUACUUAUUAUAUUACGUAAUCUAUUCGAUGGAUGUUACGGACUCAUAGUAACUUGGUUAGUUUAAUAGUUUAAUAUAUUCGUACAAAUAUGUAUAUUUGAAAGUGAAACCUAUCGAGGAUCUAAUUGGAUUGAAUGCUAGACCGCCGUUGAAAAGAUGGAAGCAUUGGACGGCCAUUUCGUCCUAGUAUGGAACUCUUCAGCAGCAACGUACCAUUUAC